AUUCCUGACCUAGUGAGUCGGUGCCAAAAAUAUUUUAAAAGAUUGUGAUCCGCUGUAUAUCAACAGAUUCUGAUUUAUUAUAAAGGCUGACCCCUGAACCGUAAUGGGCGACUUCUCCGUAAUCACUCACAAGGGGUUCAAAUUCCUCAUCACCAAGAACCCGUCCAACAACUCCAUCGAGGGAUUCAUCAAGGACCUCAAGAGAAACAACGUCAAAGUCGUGGUGAGAGUAUGCGAACCAACCUACGAUACAGAAGCGCUCAAAGGAGCUGGGAUUCAAGUCUGCAAUCUGCCUCUACAAGACGGAACUUUCCCUUCUGAAAGGAUAAUCGACGAGUUCUUUGAUAUCCUCAAGAGGCAGUAUUACAUCAAUCCGGAAUCCUGUGUGGCUGUACACUGCGUAGGAGGUCUGGGUAGAGCACCUGUAAUGGUAGCCAUAGCUCUCAUAGAGUUAGGAUUCUCGUAUGAAGACGCAGUUAGCCAUAUCAGAGAAAAAAGGCGAGGAGCAAUUAAUGCCAAACAGCUCGAAUUUCUCUCAAAAUACAAAUCCAAAUCUCGAUUAGUCAAUGAUAAGAAGAAGACUUGCAACAUUCAAUGAACGACCCCCUUCAAGUAGAUGUCAUAAGAUGACACAACAGUCUUCAAAUCUAGAUUAAUUGUCGGCAGCUGAGAGAAUGAGACUCUUCAGAUAAAUCAACUUUUCACUAGCCGCUUCAAUACUCGUCAAAAAUUCAUUUUCUAUAAUGUACCAUAUGUUUAAAUGAUUGUUUCUCGUUUAUCUCUACCUAUAGAAGUCGUUAUUUGAAUUGAGAAUAUGGGUUUAUUUGAAUUUCAAUCAUUUGAUCCAAAUAAAAUUUGUUUGGGUAAAACAUCCUCACUGCCAAUAAAAUAAAUCGAUUUG